UGUCAGAGACACAUCAAAAGGAAUCCUCAAUACUGUCCAUGUCCCAGCAUCUCUGAAACCUCAUCCACGCUUUCCAGGGUACAAGCGAAACGCUUCACAAAUGGCCACUCACUCAAGGACACCAGACCCAGAGGUAGAAGAGGACUUCGAUUGCCCCGUCUGCCAGGAUGUCCUGAGGAUGCCUGUCCGCACCAAGAACUGCCAGCACGUCUUCUGCAGGAGCUGUCUGGAGACAGCGGUGAGGACCCGGGGGCCCCGAUGCCCUCUGUGCCGGGGCCCCGUGGAAGAGACGUGGCGCAGGGCUGCCGACGUCCAGCAGAGGAUGAGGACAAGGAAGGGCACCUGCAGGGCCUGUGGAGCAGAGAAAUUUUUCAGCAAAAUGCAACUCCACUAUAAGACCUGCAGGAAGUACAUAGAGGAAUAUGGUGCUAAUGCCACACCACCUACCAACAUUCCUGUCCAGACCCCUGUCCAGAUCCCUAUCCUGAGUCCUGUCCAGACCCCUGUCCAGAUCCCUAUCCUGAGUCCUGUCCUGCGUCCUGUCUGGACCCCUGUACUUCUGCUCUGCAGUGGAUGUCCCUACACCACUGUCCCAGCACCUUCAAACAGUGGAGGGAGAGCGUACUCGUGCCCAUACUGCCCCCUGGUGGGCCUGACAGACAUUGCGCUGGUGCAGCACUGCUUGAGGCAGCACUCUGCAGAAGCUGCUCCAACUGUGUGUCCGAUCUGCGCACGGAUGCCGUGGGGGAACACUGGUUACUAUAGCCCUAACCUCAUUGGACACAUGCUCCGGAGACACUGCUUCAGCUACGCCAGAUACAUGGAUGAAGAGGAGGAUGAAGACUUGCAGCUUUGCCGGGCUUUGCAGAUGUCCAUCCACGAAUUUUGAGAAGAUAAAUAGAUAAAUGUUGAUUGGCCUCUCCUGCGCUCUGUAGCUGACAUCUGUUCUUUAAGCCGUUCUUGUUCUGUCCUUCAGUGGUUAACAGAUGAUGCCAAUAUCGCUAAUAACUAUCAAAAAAAAAAAAAAAAAGACUUUGUCUUUGUUUUCUCAGUGUAAUUUUUUACACUAUGAAUCAAAUGUUGAUAUCUAAAGCUUCUCAAAGCCUCAGGCAGGAAUCACAGAACCCUGAAGGUCAGUCUUUAGUAUUUCAGAGGUCAAAGCUCAACUGAGGUCAGAGCUCAAGGUCAGAGCUCAACUGAGGUCAGAGCUCAAGGUCAGCGCUGUACUGUUGUCUCAUGCGGAUUUUAAGGGGAAAUGAUGUAUGUAGCAACAGUGCAAUGAAAGUACUAUAGAAAGGCAAUUUUUUUUUUUUGUAAUUCAAUCUGAAAUCUGUAACUGUGUUUGAAGUGUUUUUGUAUACUGGAUAUUACACCAAAGUCUAAUGUGAGAGGUAUAUGUUUCAAAUAAAUAAAUGGUUAGUGAAACAUCCUGAAAGAUGUAAUACAUGAAUACAAGCAGGACAGAAUUGGUUACAUAUUUUACAAAUGCAGAUAUCCACAAAACAACCUGUAAAAUUUGUAUCUUGUAGUCAACAAAAAUAAAUCUGUGAGUCUUCCUUA